AUGGCUGACCUCGCUGUCGACCUCACUGCGCCCAACGGCCAGAAAUACAAGCUGCCCACCGGACUCUUCAUCAACAACGAGUUCGUCAAGGGCAAUGGCGGCACCAUCGUGUCCAUUGAUCCUGCCACCGAGAAAGAGAUUGUCACGAUCCAUGCCGCCAGUGCUGACGAUGUCGACCGAGCUGUGAAAGCUGCCCACGCUGCCCUCAAGCACUCGUCCUGGAAGCUGCUCCCCCCUACCGACCGCGGUCGUUUGAUGGCCCGCCUCGCCGACUUGGUGGAGGAGAAAAGAGAAAUUCUGGCUACAAUUGAAGCAUGGGACAACGGCAAGCCAUACUCGGUUGCAUUGAACGACGAUCUGGGAGAAGUGGCCUUGACCCUCCGGUACUACAGCGGAUGGGCCGACAAGACGUUCGGACAGACCAUUAGCACAACCCCUGAGAAGUUCGCCUAUACUCUGCGCCAACCUAUUGGUGUGGUGGGCCAGAUCAUCCCAUGGAACUUUCCCCUCUCAAUGGCUGCUUGGAAACUCGGUCCAGCCCUGGCCUGCGGUAACACCGUUGUGUUGAAGCCUGCCGAACAGACCCCCCUGAGCGUGUUGAUUCUUGCAGAGCUGAUCAAGGAAGCCGGCUUCCCUCCUGGUGUGGUCAACAUCGUUAAUGGCUACGGCCGGGAAGCUGGUUCUGCCUUGGUGGAGCAUCCUCUGGUCGAUAAAGUCGCAUUCACUGGUUCGACUGCUACUGCCCGCCAAAUAAUGAAAAUGGCAUCCGCUACUUUGAAGAACAUUACUCUCGAGACUGGAGGAAAAUCACCCCUUUUGGUUUUCAGUGAUGCCGAUCUUGAACAGGCAGUUAAGUGGUCUCAUUCUGGAAUUAUGUAUAACCAAGGCCAGAUUUGCACCGCUACAUCUCGUAUCUUCGUCCAAAAGGAGAUUUACAACACCUUUAUUGAGAAGUACAAGGAGGCCGUCAAGAGCACCUCUAAAGUUGGAAAUCAAUGGGACGAGUCUACCUUCCAGGGCCCACAAGUCACCCGUGCACAGUACGAGCGUAUUCUUGAUUACAUUGAGAUUGGAAAAUCCGAAGGCGCUACUGUCCUCACAGGCGGAGAGCCUUACAGGGAAGAAGGCAGCAGUACAGAUUUCAGCAAGGGAUUUUUCAUCGCUCCUACCGUCUUCACCGAUGUCAACGACUCGAUGCGUAUCUGUCAGGAAGAGAUAUUUGGCCCUGUUGUGGCCAUAGCUUCUUUCGAAACAGAAGAGGAAGCCAUCAGUCGUGCAAAUAACACAACCUACGGUCUCGGUGCAGCUGUCUUCACUACAAACCUCCAGCGUGGCCACCGUGUCGCAGCUGAGAUUGAGUCCGGCAUGGUCUGGAUCAACAGUUCUCAAGACAGCGACCCGCGCGUUCCAUUUGGUGGUGUCAAACAGUCUGGAAUUGGCCGUGAGCUUGGAGAGGCUGGUCUCGAGGCUUACAGCCAGAUCAAGGCUGUUCACGUGAACAUGGGAACAGUGCUCUAA